AUGGCACCAAAUCUGGAGCCACCGGUAACGCCAUCGAAGAGACGGCUAAACGUCGACGAAUUCGACCUAUGGUUUCUCGAGUUUUCCAACACCUAUAAUCUCAAUCUGAGACGUUCGCCGACGAACGUUUCUCCGCAGAAGAAGAAGGCCUUGCCCUUUUAUUCCGAGUUACGUUACUACGAGCUUCUAAAGGUACAAUACUUUAGAGGAAGGCAUACAGAAAUCCAAUUCUUGUUUGAUCAAGGUGCUCAGCAAAUCCACUCUAAGUGGGUAAGAAAACCAAAUGCCGACAUCGAUCUGACACCUCGUCCAAGAAAUUUACCCCGUGCAACCUCAGAACCAGAGAGGCAACAACUGAUUGAGCUCCUUAGAGCUAUAAUAGAUGAUAAUAGCUCAACAGACAUAUCAUCACGUUCUUCUUUGUAUGAUGAACCCCUUUCUCCGACGAGGAGGAGGCGACGUUCGAAGCGACACUCCGAUGAUUCAGAGGAGAGUUCGGCCUCGAAGAAGACAAGAAGUUCUCCAUCUGAGAUUGAUACAGAAUGUGACCCGGACGAUUAUGAAAGACCAGAAAGUGUACUUUCGACCCUGGAUAGAGGCCAGAUUUAUAGCCGGUCCACGUCAAGUGAAGGCCGAAAUAAACAGCGAAACGGCCGAAAGUAUGAAUCAACCAAGUCUCUAAAUACAAGUGAAAUAACAACUGACUCACGGGUGUUCUCUGAUCGUGGUGAUCAUAAGCCAUUUCCAGAAACCCAAACAACUAUUCCAGCGAGCAGUCAGGAAAGCCUGAAGCUUCCGUUCAUGCAGCUAUCGCACCCACUAGGACCUAACUCUGAUCCAUUGGCGCCAUCGUCAAGCACUGAACGGGCUUUAAAAAUUUCUUUUGACUACCAUGAACAGAAUAAUGAAAAUCUUCAACAAGACGUGAGGGAGCUUCUUAAGGAGAAGCCACCAGCCUAUUCAGAAUGCAGUCGUCCAUCGGAGCAAGAGAUCCGAGGUUCUUAUGACAUACCUUCCCCGACUCUAGCGUCGCCUUCAAUUUCUCCGGUGCCUUCUCCUAUAAAAGAGAAAAUUGGUAGUAUGCCACCACGUGUUAUCGAUACGACUAGUCAAGGCUUUGGGGAACGGCUUCAUAACGUUUGGCCGGCCCUUCCUGCUCACUAUGAACACGCUCCAUUUGUAGUUCGUUGGGAAAUCCUAAGAGUCGCCCUACAUUGUGGGGUUUCGACGGAUGACUUGCGCCUCGAGUACGACCCAUCAUUCACCGAUCAAAAGGCUUUAUGGACACGGCUUCAAGCAUUACCUGUAUUUCGAGGCAAGAGUUUCCCGGAAAAGUCCAGACCUGAUGCAUGGACGGCUGCCCUGAACGAUAAAUUUGGCACCAUUGAUCAAGUAGUUACUCUCAGUGCGUCACUCACUGUGAACACAUCUAAGAGCGGGCCCUUGUUCAUUCUCAGGCUCAACCCGCUCAAAAUGGAUCUCCCCCAUCGUCUCAGUCGUAGGUUUGCGUCUGAUCGAUUCCUUGAACUUGUGAUACCAUCAUUGGCCUCCCAAGAUAUGAAGAACUUGGGUGAAUCUGCCUUAGACAAUAUCCAGAAAUGGUUAGUCAAUGAUACCCACGUAUUACUCAGUCGGGUUUGGACACCAUUCUUCAUCAAGCCUUCCCUACCCAAGAAAAUCAACAAUGAGAAUACGCUGGGGCCGCAGGUAAAAACAAUCCAUCAAGAGCGGGUGUACCUGUUUGCCGAAGAUGGCAAUGAUUUCCACCGUUUAGCAACAGGAGACCGCUGGUCACCCAAGGGUGAACCAGCGAACAUGCAUACCAAAAUGGGGCGGGAAAGCCUCAUUGAUUGGCUUUUACAAGUCCCCAAUAACCAGAGUCAGUCGAUAUUGAAGCUCUUUUCUCGAAUCGCGUUAGGUCUAAGUCGUACACAUCCCACUGCUGUUGUCCAACCUGACCAAAUCCGGCAUAUUCCCCAAGAUAUCCUUUCUCCCACUGGGCAGGUCAUGAAUGAUGGUAUUGCCCGCAUGUCACAUGGCCUUGCCCGAGCUAUAACCAAUGCCAUGGGUCUGCAAGACUUACCAGCAGGUUUUCAGGGCCGGUUCGGUAGUGCAAAGGGGUUCUGGAUUCGGGACACUAGUGAUACUGGUGACGAAAUUUGGAUAGAGACAUAUCCUUCCCAACGAAAGUGGAAAUGCGACUACGUAGAAGAGGACCAUCGUACAUUUGAAGUGCGUAACGAGCCUUGGGAGCUCAAGUCCGCGAACCUCAAUCUUCAACUUCUCCCUAUACUUGAAGACAGGGCUAUCGAUAGAUCUCGGAUGAAGGACCAGAUUGGAAAGUUCAUGAAGGAAAGUCUCAAAAGAGAACUUGAUGCACAGAAGGCAGCCAUGCAAAAUCCCACCCAAUCUAGGCUGUGGGUUCACGAGAAUGCUCCGUCAAGCCGAAGGGCAGAGCAUGUAAAGGUCAACGAAGUGCCGUUUACAGGAGGGCUCCCGAGUGGUCGAGAAGACAUUAUGUCUUUUCUCUUAGUCAGUGGCUUUGAAACUACCAAACUGACGUUUCUACGCGACAUGGCUUGGAAAUUACGAAAGGCAAAAUGUGAAGAACUCCAGGAAAAGCUGAAUGUGAGAGUGGGCCGUUCCACAUACGCAUAUAUGGUUGUCGACUUCCUGGGUAUUUUAGAAGAGGAUGAAGUUCACCUUGGGUUUUCUUCCAAAUUUACCGACGAGGGGUCGGAAUUUUCCGAGACCUUCCUUCAUGGUAUGGACGUCCUUGUUGCGCGGACUCCUGCGCAUUACCCAAGUGACAUACAAAGAGUCAAAGCCGUUUUCAAGCCUGAACUGGGCUUUUUGAAAGAUGUCAUAAUCUUCUCCACCAAAGGCAACACGCCCCUUGCUGACAAGCUUUCUGGUGGUGAUUAUGAUGGUGAUAUCGCAUGGGUCUGCUGGGACCCUACAAUAGUGGGUAACUUCUCCAACGCAGAAGUACCCGAUGUCCCAAACCUGUUUGAUGGGGGCGUGGUCAAUAAAGAGACCACGACCUACCUUGAGCUUAUGAAGCUUAUGGGGGAAAGUGAUAUCACUUCGAAGUUCCUCGAGAGAGCAUUCAGAUUUAACAUGCAGCAGAACCUCCUUGGCAUGUGUACGAAUUACAAGGAAAGGUUAUGCUAUGCACGUAAUUCGGUUCGAGACAACGCUGCAAUCCUGUUGAGCACCCUCAUUAGCCACUUAGUAGACAGGGCUAAGCAAGGAAUAGUCUUCACGGACCAAGAUUGGGCCCGACUACGCAAAACCCUCAGACGGACCGACCCACCUGAUCCGAGGUAUAAAAAAGAGAGUUGGAGCGAAAUAUGGGACCCCACGCAUAUCAUAGACCACGUCAAGUUCAGCGUAGGAAAGCCAACGGUUGAGGAAGAGCUGCGAGUAUUCAAUGAAUCCCUUGGUCAUACUGAACAUUGGGACGAGGAUCUCGUAAAAUUCUAUCGACACUAUGAAAAACUUCAAAGACCGUUAAGUGAACGUAAAGUGGCCGUAAAAAAAUCGACUUGGGAAACAGUUUUAGAUGAACUCAAGAAAGAUAUCGACGCUUUUGCUCAAAAAUGGCCGAAGGCCCGCGGCGACUGGGAAGCCAAAAUCACCAACAUGUACGAUGAAUGGCAGAAGAUAUCCCCUACAACGAAGAUUAACUCUUCGAAGACCAUCAGAUCCUUUCAGCAGGAGGAUCAAGUCAAUGUUGGACUUUCAAAUUGGCAUCUUCUGAAGGCUUCGUUCUUUUUCGCGAUGUACUACAGAAAAUAUCCGUCCUUCGUGUGGUACAUAGCGGGCAGACAACUCGCGCACUUAAAGGCUCAAUGUGUGACCGGCAGGGCCGGCGGCUUCCCCGUACUCAUGAUACCCAACAUGUAUGCCGGUUCGAGACCCGACAAGAAAUACGCCCAAGCUCUAGCGGCAAGAGAUGAGGGGCGCAAUUUGGUCGAGGGUGAUGCAAUUGGCGAGAAGGAGGCCACGUCGUUAUCGGACAGUGAAUUUUAG